AUGAAGGGUCCCGACCGACGAGCGUAUCAUUUCUCCCAAAGCCCACCGCGGGGAUCCCCGACGAGCGGCGAAGGGCGCAUCUCGCUGCGCGUGGACCAGCCCGUCGAAGGGUGCGAGGUCACGACGCAUGCAUUCUACCGGUCCUCGGAAGGCGACAUUGACGACGACGACUUCCAACUCAAGUUUUGCUGGUACAAGUCCAACUCAAAGCGCGCUUGCGCCAACAAGCAAUGCCCACGCAUUGGCAACGGCGAAGGCAACAUUGUCAUGCUCAUGGCCAAGAUCGAGUGCGCUGUCUGCUCGCGCAUGGGCAUCGCGAACGAAGACUCGGGCUUUUGCACCCUCGAGUGCUUCCGCAGCGGCUGGGGCCAGCAUCGGCAGCUCCAUGACGUGUCCUCCAAGCAACAGAACCAGCAAAACCGAACCGCCAAGGACGUGAGCGCCGCAAAAGAGAAGGCGCGCAGCCUCGACCUGCUCAACUCGGCCAUGGUCCCUGUCAAGGAAGAGACGUGGACUGCGCUGCAGGCCGCCAAGACGUACACCCCGACAACGGGCGACGUAGGUCAUGUGCUUCGCGUCGAAUGCACGGCCAUGUACCGGUCCGGCGAAGAGUGCGGCCCGCCCAAGUAUACCGAGACCAACAUCGUUCUUCCUUUUCCGCCGCUGGCGCCGAAGCGGCCGAUGAUUUCAAGCAUCAAGGACGCCGCCCGCGUCCGCUACAUUGGCUCAUUUCGCGUCCUCUCGUACAACGUGCUUGCCGAGAUCUACGCCACGCGACAGAUGUACCCGUACUGCCCGAUGUGGGCGCUCAACUGGUCGUUCCGGAAGCAGCUGCUCAAGUGCGAGCUCCAAGUCUACAACGCCGACAUCCUCUGCCUCCAAGAAGUCCAAGCCGAUCACUACAAGAACUUUUUCCAGCCCAUGAUGACCGACCUCGGGUAUGAAGGCCUCUACCUUCAGAAGACGCGCGAAUCCAUGGGCCUCGCCGGCAAAGUCGACGGCUGCGCGAUGUUCUACCGCAAGAACCGGUUUUACCUCAAGGAGCAGUAUUCGCUCGAGUUUAACGAAGCCGCCAACGACUUUGUCGCGUCGCUCUUGGCCAAUUUUGACAUGGCGUACCCGACCGCGUCGCACCACGAGCGCGACUCGUACCAGGCCAGCCUCUCGCGCGUACGCCAGCGCCUCGUGCGCGACAACGUCUCGCAGAUCGUCGUACUCGACGUGCUGCCCGAUGCGAAUGGGUCCCUCGUGCGCAAGCCCGUGCUCCCGAGCAUCUGUGUGGCGAACGUCCACAUCUUUUCGAAUCCGGACUUUCCGGACGUGAAGCUGUGGCAGACCAACACCCUUCUCCAGCAGCUGGAGCAAAUUGCCAAUUCGAGACGACUCCCGAUCAUCCUGUGCGGCGACUUCAACAGCGAGCCGCCGAGCGCCGUCUACGAAUUACUGAGUCAGAACCACGUCCAGAGCGACCACCCGGAGCUGCAGCAGCUCUCGGAAGUCGUGCCCAUGACCAAGUUUGCGCACGCGAUGCCAUUUGCAAGCUCGUAUGCGUCGGUCUUUGGGACCGAGCCCAACUACACCAACUACACGGGCUCGUGGGUCGGCGUCGUCGACUACAUUUGGUUCACGUCCGACAAGCUCACGCCGGUCGCGGCCCUCAAGGUCCACACGCCCGAAGUGCUCAAGUCGUAUGCGCGUACGUGCUUGCCCAACUGCCAGUACGUCUCGGACCACGUCCCGCUCGUCGUCGACUUUUGCCUCAAGACGCCGGCGAUGGCACCCGGGCGUCGCCGGAGCCAGCGGCCGAGCGCCCGCUCGGAUACCCGAGAUCGCCACGUUGAAGCCGAGCUCGACGCCCGGCUCCGGGCCGCGUUUUCACCGUACGCACUCCGCGUCGAGAGCCUCAGUCUGCGCCAGCUCCAGCGACGCGUGCUCGGGCCCAAGCGGUACUGGUACCAGAGCGUCAAGCUCGAGACGGUCUCGCAGCUCAGCGCCAAGAAGUGGAAGGUGCAGAUCUACCAUGCGCCGUGGCGUCGCAGCGUCGCCGAGUGGUUCGACCACCCGCGCUCGCGCUACAGCACGCCACCGCGGCCCGACCAGCUGACACCGACCGUCGUUGGGACGUACGAGCAUGAAAAGGCGGCCCGGGCUGCGUGCGCCAAGGCGCUCCGGGUGCGUGACCGGCACAACCCCGUCUCGCUCAAUAACGACCCGAGCGCGCCGCCGCCGAGCCAUUGGAACACGGUGUUUGGCGUGACGGUCGUGACCGAUGCGUUCCAGCGGCUCCCGCUGCUGCACCGCCUCGAGCUUGUCUACCUCGCCCUCCUCGACUGCGACGGGUGCGUGACCUUUGGCCAGUGCCGCAAGCUCAGCUACAUUGGCGAUCACGUCCGGCGACUGCCCUGCUUUGGCACCAUCGCAUUCGAUCUUCACGUCAUCUGUCGAACGGUCGCCCAGCACGACGCGGCGGCAGCCACGCUCGCGCUGACCGAACGUCUCGGCCUGAGCCACGGGCAUGUCUUGAGUGCCGGCGUCGAUCCAGCGGCGCAAACGUCGCUUCAGGACGUCGCCGCGCUCCUUGAUGAGCCGCAUGCAGCGACUCGGGUGCCUCACUUUUACCACGGACUGCCCCAAGCACUCAAAGAGCUCCUCGCGCAAGAGCAAGCGGCCAUCUUCCGGGAGCAGCAUGCGCUCGGGAAGGACGCCGACGUGCACACCGUCGUCGCCCGCUACGAAAAGCGCACGCGCGCGCUGGGCGUGGCGGCCACCAAGCUCCAGCGCCUCUUCCGACACCACUUGCACAGCCGCGUGCUGCGGCGGCUUUUGCGGCGACACCGCCAUGCGAUCACACUGCAGCGCGUGUACCGGGGCUAUGUAGCCCGGGUGUUUGCGACCGAGCUCUUCCUCGUCUCGACCUUUGCAGCUACGCACAUCCAGGCGGCGUAUCGGUCCGUCGUCUCGCGCCGGGCAACAGCCGCGCUCAAAGCCCAAAUGAUUUUGGGCGCCAUCGGGCUCCAGCGGCUCUGUCGCGGGCACCGAGCGCGCAAGUGGGUCUUCUGGAUGCGGUACCAUGUCGCGAAUGCAAUCCGGAUCCAGCGCUGCGUCCGUGGCCUCUACGGCCGCCGGCGCGCCAAACUGUUCCGACAUGCGCUCGUUAAGCGCACGGUGCAAGUCCCGGCCGCGUCGCUCGUCCAGCGGGUGUACCGCGGCCACGUAGGCCGACGCCUCUAUCGCCGCGCCAAGGCCGAGCACCUCUUGCGCGUCGUCUACACCCCCGCGGCAAUAGCCAUCCAGCGCGUAUUUCGCGGCGGCCGCGGCCGUGCGCGGUUUCGGCGCCUCGAGGUCGAGCGCGCGAUGGCCCGCACGCUCCAGCGCGCCUACCGCGCAUAUCGCAACCGGGUGGUGUGGGCCGAUGUCUUUGCGCAGCGCCGGCGCAACCUGAUGGCAUCGCGCAUCGGUGCGGCAGGUCGCGGCUUCCUCGCGCGCCUCGUGCUCCAGCGCGAGCGCCGCAAAGUGCAUCUGAAAAUGGUCGUCGUACCUUCCACGCGGCUCAUCCAGCGCAUCUUCCGCGGCUACAUGGUCCGCAAGCGCCUCGAGCAAGUCCGCGACAAGAACGAAGCUGCGUGCUUUGCGUGGCGCCAAGCCAAGCGCGCGUACGCCGAGCGCAUGGCGUGGGAGGCCCAUCUCGUAGGCCUGCAGCACGCCGCGGCUCGUACGGUUCAGUGCCUUGCGCGGCAGUUCCUCGCGCGCAAGCACGUGGCGGCGCGACGUAUGGCCCAGCGCGGACGCUACGGCGCGGCGGCGGUCAAGGUCCAGGCCGCGUGGCGCAGCUUUCAGAGCCGACAGCAGUGCCAAGCGAUGCGCGAUCUGCUCAAGAUCGAAGUCAAAGCGCGCGCCAUGACCACGUUCAAGGACGACCUCGAAAUGGUGCACUUCGACAACGUGGACGCGUCGGCCGACCUCGCUCGCCUCGUCAAGUACAAGAAGAAGGCACUUCAGCACAUCCACGACUUGAAACAAAUGCGGCUCGACUGGGAGCUGCGCGCGCCGUUCGUCGACAACGAGCUCGCAAAUAUGACGCCCGAAGACGUCGGCCGCGGUUGGGCCGAGGCGUUCGAGACCGAGAAGGUCGUGAUCCACUUUUCCCGGCUCUUGAGCGCCGAAGAAAUCCUGAGCAAGCGCCAGCAGAUCCGCGAGUACGACCACGAGAUCGAGACGCUGCAGAUCGAGCUCGAGGACUUGGAGCGGGACCGCGACGAGUUCCUCAUGGACGAGACAUUGGAGCUCGAGGGCCUUCGCCGCUUAGAGCUUUCGCGGGCCCUUAUGAUGUACGAGGCGGACACGAAAGCGGCGGUCCGGCGACAGCGCGUGCGCUGGAAGGUGCGCAACGUGCGCCGCAACGUGCUCCUGCGCAAGGAGAACGCGCGGCUGCGCGCGCUGCUGCCACCAGCGUCACCGACCACGAACGGCUGCGUCUCGUAUGCGACCAAUAUGGCCCACGCGCGCGAAAGAGCCGACCUCCUCCGCGACACGGUGGCGGCGGCGGCGGCAGAGCGCGCUGCGGCGCUCGAGGCCAGCGGUAGUCGUAACCUGCACGUGCUCUCGACCUACGACGCGAUCGUGCGGGCGACGCGGGCGAUCGUCGACGAGACGAGCCUCGCGAUGCGCCUGCCCAAGCGCGACGUCCGCGAAGACCUCAUGUGCCACACGUGCGGCCACAUUGCGUGCGUCUGCCACUUGCCGCUGGCCGCGCUGAGCAACCAAGCCGAGCUGCAAGUCGUGGGCAAGCACAAGAAGGCGCCGCCCGUCAAGCUCGGUCGCCGCCGCAAGGGCUUCCACGACGCCAGCAUCCCGCGCAUGGACCCCAAUCAGAAGUAG